UUACUGAGGUGAAUAGAAACCAGCAGGAAUUGGGGGCAGCUGACGUAAAGCAGAAACAGCGGAGAAAGAGACAGAGAAGGUAUUAGCAGCUCAUAAAAAGGCACUUACGAGCUGCAGUUAGGAAACUCAUACGUUCAUUCACCAUCGGCUGCUACUGAACACACACAUUAUAAAGAAUCUCAAUGGCAGCUGCUGCCAGUAAAUGGAGUUACAAAGAUGGAAAAGAUAACAGACGAGUUAGAAAAGAAAGACUGAUAAAGAAUGUGGGAGGAUAAUGUGACUUUACAACAGACAGUUGAACCUAUGUUUUUUUUUUUUUUUUUAAAGUUAUAAAGACCACUAAAAAUAAACACUCCAGUGAAUUUAAAUCUCUUAAAAAGAGGAUGAUGGCGCGUGCUAAGAGAAUGUGUGUCAGUGCCAAGACGCUGCCUGCUUCUGCAGACGCUGUAUAGCCUGCAAUUUAUGGUGGAAAAAAAAACAAAAAACGAGUGUGCCAGAACAAUCAGCUAAACGCAAGAAUCCUCUCUCAGAUCCUUCACUCCACCCACUAGGGACAAUCCUUCCAUUCUUGUAUUUUUUUCUCAUUCACUCCAGCAGGACAUCUAUGAGCAGGACGCACAUUCCCUCUGUUUGGACAAGAACUUAAUACCAAAAGCUUUUUUUUUUUUUUUAAACCUCCUGCUUUCCUUUUCUUUUUAAAGAAAAAUCUCAAUUUCAGAACAGGAUUUGGAAUAAGCUCCUCCACUUUUUUUUCUCUCUCUUUGAUCAGGCAGCUUGACAGAAAAGUUGUGACAGAUUUAGAAAGCGGCAAAAAAGAAGAAGAAGAAAAAAAAAAGUCCGGAGAGAGACAGAGAGAGAGCUUUGCCCUGAAGGUUUCUGAGAGAGAAACAGGAGACAGAUAAAGAGGCAGUGAUAAUCAGAGAGAAAGGGAGAGAGAGAGAGAGAGAGAGAGAGAGAGAAAGAGAGAGAGACAGAGGGAGGGAAGAGCACAGCCGCUGUGUGAAGAAAAGGGGAAAUAUAGAUAAAGAAAGCGAGGAGGUGCACCAGUUUGAAGGGCAAGGAGAAGAGACUGAACAACCGGACAACCAAGGCUGGAGAGGAAAGGGGAGAUAAAUGGGAGAGUCAGCAAAUACAAGGUAGAGAUUGAGGGAAAUUUCCGGUUCAAGGUCAAGACGAAUAGUGACUUAAAGAACAUUAUAUUAACAGCAAGAAUGGACAUGCAGCAAGAGAAGAGGAAAGACUUCCUCUGAAGAAAAAAGGAAAACGAAAAAGGAGCCGUGUUUGAAGCUGUGAAGAGGAGACCAUUUCCUCAUCAUGAUUUAUUCAGCUGAUUUCCCAAAUUCAUACAACCUGCGCCAGAAGAGCAACUUCGUCCCAGGAUAGAAUGAAGAGAGGAGCAAAGAGAUACCUGCCGAGUCUGUGAUACCCUCCUGCUCCUCCUUCUCCUCCUCUUCACCUCAGACUCCUCCACCUUCCUCUCCUCCUUCCUCUCUGUCACUUUACAUCCAGAUUUAAAUUCACCAACUACUUCCUCCUCCUCUGUCCUGAUAUCUCCUCUCCUCUCCUCUCUUCUCCAUCUCCUCACUAUGUGGAUGCCAGCUUUGCUCCUAUGGAUGCUUAAUAUCAGCAAUUUGUGCUCAGGACAAGACUAUACAGACUAUUACCAAACUGGAAACAUGGGCACCAAGGCUCCGGUGAUGUCAGAUGACCAGCCCAGUUUGGAGACAGUAACGAGUGUGGAUCAGCUAUUACAGCUUCUGUACCCUGAGUACAGUUUGCUUCAGCAGUGCCUGAGGAAGAAAUCAUGGCAUGCCUCCUCUUCCUCCUCGUCCCCCUCUUUUUCCACCACCUCAGCGAGCCCUCCAGCCCACUCUAACGAUGAGGAUCUUUGGGGUCAGCCGAGGGAGGAGGCUCUUUACAAAAUUGAUGGGACUUUCGAAGUCAUCCUAGAGGAGAUCCAGCGGACCUCAUGCCAACCCAGAGAGGUGUUUGUUGAGGUCGCCAAAGAAUACCCAGAAUCCACCACUCAAUUCUACCUCCCUCGCUGUGUGGCGCUGCAUCGCUGCGGCGGGUGCUGCACCAGCGAGGCCUAUUACUGCACAAACACAAGUCACUCGCUUGUAAACAAGACAUUGAUGGAACUGUCCCCUCCCAGGAUGGAUCGCUCCGUCGUCAUGGUAACCUUCGUCAACCACACUUCGUGCGAAUGCCUCUCCAAGCGGCCGCUUCACUCCAUCAUCAGACGAGCCGCAACAGAUCACCUGUGUUCCCCUCUUGAAGUCCCCUGCGCCUCAGGGUCAUUAUGGGAUCCGGUGAAUUGUGUGUGUGUCCCAACAGAUGCCCUAAACUACUCUGAGAGAGAGACAGACUCGCUGGACUCAGCACUGCUCGCUCUCUGCGGGCCCAACAGGGUCCUGCAGGAGUCCACCUGCGAGUGCGUCUGUCGAAACGGACUCACCGAGGACAGCUGCGAUCCAGGCUGGAAACUGGACCACAACACAUGUGAAUGCCAGUGUGAAGGCCAAGGUGAGGGGAAGUGGUGCCCUGCGGGCCAGCGGUGGGACGACGACCUGUGCGGCUGUGUGUGUGCUGCGGACUGUCCCGGGAACCAGCCCCUGAACCCCGACACCUGCCUGUGUCAGUGCAGGGAGAGUCCACACUCGUGUCUGCGGCAGGGCAAGAGGUUCAACCCCAACACCUGCAGUUGUUACAGGCUGCCUUGCAGAAAACCAAGACGUGUCUGCCCAGCCGGGUUUUACUACAGCCACCAAGUCUGCCAAUGCAUCCCCAACUACAUGAGGCCUGAGUGGAAUUAAGCGAUCACAGACAGACAGUGGAGCAGAGCAGGACUGCAGACACCACCAUAUUUCCCCCGUUACCUGAGGCUUGAAACUUUUUGGCCUGAGAACAAAGGAGCAAGACGGUAGAAGUGCCGCUUCACAGGAGGGGCGGGAAGGUGCAACUACACAUUGACAUGUAUUGGAUUACAACAGACUACAAGUAGCAAUUGGAGGAGUUCACUCUUGCAAAAAAAAAAGCUACAAAGGAGGAUGGUAGUGCUUCGCGGUGAAACAAAAAGUCCAAAACAGCCAACCAUCUGCAGUAAAACCAGAAAAAAGAAGAUGAAACGAGGAGAGAUAUUUCACUCUCUGGGACACUGUCCGUCGGUGCCCAUCUGCUGGCCUUCUUCCCCUUUGCUAAUAACACGAUCUUCACUGGAAACAACCAAUCACACCUGGAGACCGCCUGAAAGUGCAACAGCAAGAAUGGGAUGGAUCAAUCGGACCCUGAGCAAGCAUUAAUCUCUGCCGCAACGUGUUUGAACAAGAACAUCAACCACCAACCUGCCGCUCACGAGUGUGCGAAAUGGAAAGUGGAAUAAGAUAAUGACAGACCAGACUCCGUGUUUCUUCCUAGAUAAAAUAAGCUGUAGGCAACUUCACGCUUUGGCAGCACUGAGUCGUGAGAUAUUUGAAAGGUUGAAGGAUUUGUUUCGCAGAAUUCAUGGGCCUUUUAAUCCCUCUGUUUAGUAGAGAUGCAAAUGACGGUCCAUUCAAAGCACCAGAGACUAUUUCCAACUCUAGAUUUUAAUGUCGGUGAACAGAUGGUGUCCCUUGUGUCUAUAACGACAGGGAUGGAGUGAAUCUCCAUCUCCAGUUUUGAAGCUGAGUUUUGUCUUUUUACAUAAAAGUCUUUGCUGGUCCAAUUUCCCUCAUUUUUUUAUGAGAGUAGAGGUUUAAUGCCAGAGCCUGUUUGAUUAAACACUUAUUUAAACACUCCCAACAGUUAUUAUAUCUUCCAGUUUCUACUUGUCUCGACAGCAGAGCUGCUCUGUGAAGAUUUUCCUUCAUACAUGGUUGAAUCCAGUCACAAUGGAUGUUAAGACUUGGAUACAGUUGUAGAUCUGAUUUUAAUUUAACUUUAGACAUUCUAUGUAAAAUAUUGUGUAAAUAUUUAAAUCUUUUUCAUAUUUAAAACAGUGAUAUUUUGAUGAGAUGGAAUCAUGUAGUUGUAAAAUACUGUAUUUAAUUCACUAUCACAACUAAAUAUUGUUUUAAAAAGAAACUAUUUACAUGUCUUUGUACCCCAGUAAUUUUAAUUAUUAUGGAGAAAUUGAAUUAUGUUUUUGUCCAUUUUCCCUGCACUGCAAAAGUUGAAUUUUAACACGUCAUUUAGACCCAUUUGUUUCAAAAAAUGAUGAUCUUCAAAUCUCCACUAAAUGUUAAGAUGAAGAUUUAUUGCAGUGUAGAAAUGAUUGUACUGUUUGUGAUAUAAAUAUAUGUGAUAAAUCUGAAAUUCUUUUAUCAUGCUAUGAUUAAAUAUUUAAGGUAGCUUUGAAGUAUUGAUUAAAAACCUUGUCAGAC